AUGGUAAUGGUCCACUAUAAACAUGGAAGUGGCACUCCUGCUACUGCUGUUAUAUUACCAUGGAUGACCAGUCCUUUGCAAAUAGACUUACUCUACACAUUCCAUUUGAAAUGUUGGCUCACGGUAAUGGGUCUUGGCGGUCUAUUUCAUUGGAACUCGACAUUCAGGUGUCCUACUUGCUUAGGUACUGGUUCAUCUGGAAAAGUGGAUCCUGACACUCAAGAGAAGAUCGACCAUUCUACAAUUGGGAAUGUUGCUGGUUUCUUUGAGCCACGUACUAGAGAGCUUAUGAGGAAGGAAGGACAGAGAGUCAAGAAUAAGCCAGAAAAGUCAAAAGCCAAAAACCCCGCCGUGCCAAAGGUCGAAAUGAAGAGCUUCUCUGGUAUGGCUGCAGAACCGAGUCUUGACAUUGAUCCAACUAAAGUUCCACCAGACACGUUACACAUGAUCAUGUCCAUUGUUAUGACUCCACAACAACAAGAGCAACAACAAGAACAACAAAAACAGCAUCUAUCAACCUCAUUUCCACCACCAAUAGUAAGAGAUGUCAGAGAAUCUAAAAGAAGAAAGAUGUUUGAUGAUAGAAUAGAUGAACUAAGACAAACGAUACAGCAACAAUCAUCAACAUUGUAUACUUACAAUUUUUUUAUGAAUUGUAACGAUAAUGUUACAGAGGGUGACGAUGUUCAUGUUUUCCCCAAUUCAAUUUGUUUCUAUUUCGUUAUUAUUGUCAAUAAUCAUGUAUUUAUCUCCAGUUUUCCAAAGAUAAACUCUAUUUCUAAUGUCUUGAGCAUUAACAUAUUUAGUUUCUAUAUUUCAACUCAUCUGUAUUUAUAUCUAUUCGAUGAUCAAAUUGAAUAUUACAUUUGGAUAGAAAUUCUACAGAGUCUGUAUUAA